GCCUGGCGGGAGCGGCGCCGCCUCAGGGGGCCCGGGCCUCCCUCACCCCCCGCUCCCUCCUUCGCCGUCCCCGGCCCGGCCCGGCCCGGCCCGCGCUGCUCCUGCCGGUUUCUGCUGUAAAUCUUGGAUCCCCUGUCCCCAGGGAGCUGCUGCACGCUGAGGAUCUGUCUGAUGGUUCCCAGGGCGUCCUGACGCUGCCCGGCCAGAAGAGGGAUGGGGAAAAGAUACUUCUGUGACUACUGUGACAGGUCCUUUCAGGACAACCUUCACAACAGGAAGAAACACCUCAAUGGAGUGCAGCACCUCAGGGCUAAGAGGCUCUGGUACGACUUAUUCCGAGAUGCUGCUGCUAUCCUGCAAGAGGAACAGACCAAGAAACCUUGUCGGAAGUUUCUGCAAACAGGACAGUGUGAUUUUGGAUCCAACUGCAGAUUUUCCCACAUGACAGAGCAGGACCUGGAGAAGCUGAGUGCCCAGGUGCAAGGAGAGCAGAGAUUGAAGGAGCUGCGGCAGGAGGGAGCAGAUGUCCCACCUGGCACCAUUGAGGACUGGCUGGAGAAGAGAGCCAAGAGACUGAGCAUGGCUCAGAGCAACAGUGCUCUGCCUGAGAAACCAGUGCCUUUCCAGUACCCACCGGGCUGGCCACCAGUGCAGGACCUGCCCCUGUCCCUGCAGGCCCCUCCACCUGGGGGGUGGCCCAUCCCCCCCAACCUGCAGUGGGGCUGAGGCACCAGGACCCCCAGGUUCUGCUGGAGAUGGACUUCUUCCUCACCUGCUUUAAGAAAGGGAUGGAAUUAUUUCUCUACAAUUUUAUACCAAUAAAAACCUCCCCCCGCCCC